UAUGUAACUUUUUGGCCACUGGGUCAAAUUCCCAUAUAAAUGUGUGUUAUAGAUCUGCCAUUCUCAUUAAAAGCAAGUCUAAGAAGAGGUAGAUGUUUUAUGUGCGAAUUCUGUGCUUACGUUUCGUUUUUGCGUCUUUACUUUAGGUUUUGUACACAAUUUUCAUUCAAACAAAUGAAAUUACAAUAUUUUUUGUUAUGGAAGAUAUUUCACAACGGUUUAGAUGGGACAAUGAUUCUCUAAUGAUUCUCUAGACUAUACUUGCUGUUUUGUCAGAAACUGACAUUUUUAUUAAGUUCCAAACAUUUCCAAAACCCUAUCGCAAGUGAGGCGUAUUUACGUUUAGACAGAGCAUUUGGGUAGGGUCAGUACAUUUCCCACUGCAAAAAGGAUGUGGAAUGCCAUAGAGCCCCACAGUGGAUGUGUCAUAAUACCCAUUACCUAACGGUCAAACAGGAAAGUUGUUCCAAUCGUUUUCCACCCAUCUAAAAAUCCCCUAUGUGAAAAAUGUAAUUCUUAAAAUAAGUGCUGUGUUUCGUGUAGGCUUACCCUGGCGUUAUGUUUUGAUAACCAUGUUCUAUCUCGGACAAGGUGAUUUGUCAAUAUAUUCUGUUCCAUUAACUCUGAUUAGGAAAAUGCUAAUUAAGAUCAAAGUAGACAUCAUGCAAAACUACAAAUCCCUGCAAGCACCUGCAAACCAUCGCAAGCUGACGCCUUUGCUAACAGUGGGUUGUUCCAGAGCUGGUAGGCCAGGCCCUGGCAACAGUGCUGAUGCUUGUCUCCCUGCACUGGUUUGUCUUCCUACUCAACCUGCCUGUGGCCACCUGGAACAUGUACAGGGUUUGGAAGGUGCCCAUGGGAAACAUGGGGGUGUUUGACCCCACUGAAAUCCACAACCGGGGACAACUAAAGUCUCACAUGAAAGAGUCCAUGAUCAAACUCGGCUUCCACCUGCUCUGCUUCUUCAUCUACCUGUACAGCAUGAUCCUGGCACUGAUCAACGAUUGAGAUCCCCAUGGCUGUUUUAAUCUAAUCGGCCAAAUCAAACUAUUCAGAAUGUGGUGUUCAAUAUGUCCUGGUCCUCAGUCCUCUGCUCAGCUGAAGUCACCUGACAUUACACUCCCCUUGGACACAUAAUCAUUGCUCAGCCCCCCCCUCCCCUCCAUUACGUACUUCUGUGUUCUCAUAACUGCCCUGGAAUUGUGUACGUGCUUUCGUUCAGCCUGUGUCCAACAAUGCUGUCCAUGCACUGCUCCUCUGGGCAGAUGGAAAACAUGACAAUCAUACAGGCUAGAUGGUGCAUACGAUUGGCUAACAUAUUUUCAGCCAAGAGCCAAUCACAACAGCUAGCACAUCCUCUUGCAGCCUGCCAAACAUCAUCUUUGAUAUGUCAAUGCCAUUUUUUUUAACCUUUAUUUAACCAGGCAAGUCAGUUAAGAACAUAUUCUUAUUUUCAAUGACGGCCUGGGAACAGUGGGUUAACUGCCUGUUCAGGGGCAGAACGACAGAUUUGUACCUUGUCAGCUCGGGGGUUUGAACUCGCAACCUUCCGGUUACUAGUCCAACGCUCUAACCACUAGGCUACGCUGCCGCCAUAUUUGAUUGUCAUAUUUAUUUUUUGUCUCUUGUCAACAUGCUGGAAAAUCCUUGAAUAUCCUUUGCAGAAUUACUAACCUGUGUUUUGGAGAUUUAUUUCUAUAUUUUCUUGGUCUCUUAACAUCAAUAAGUUGUAGAUCUGACAUGCCCUGACUGCUGAAAGUUGCACAUUUGAUUGGUAUUAUAAAAGUGUUCUCAGGGGAAUACAUGCACCUGGAUUGGAAAAUGUUUUUCAACCCUAUUUUUAUCACUCGACUGUGUAUCAAUGGGCAAUAUAACCUUGAUUCAAUCCGUAGCACUGAAGAGCAAUUUCAUUUAAGGUCAUUUCCAAUUGAGCUGAUAUGUAAGUCUUUAAAUUUGUGUUGUGCUUCAGAUUGAAUCAAAUCCCUUGUCUGUAUUAUAGUUGUAUUACAUUUCACUAUGUAUGACAGAAGCACAUCACUGUGUUAUUUGUGCAGUUUGAGAAUGACCAUGUUCCAGCCAAAUGUGUUUCUCCAUGGGGAAAGGGUGCGUGUUCAGAUUGUAUUAAAUCAAACUAAAAUUACUCGUUUAUGUGCUUUUGAAAAUAAUUUGUGGGGUUUCUUAAAUAAACUUGAAAGAGAACAA